AUGUCUGAACGCGAUGCUCUGUCUUCUCGAGCAAUUCCGUUCAUGGAACUCUCGGAUGGAACAAAUGCUUCGUUGACUGCUGCUCCCCCACCGCUACCUCAUUAUCUGAAUGCCGAAGGAAGAGCUAUGGCUCGAUUCGCCGUCGAGGGCAAUGCUAUCAGUACGUACAUCCAACUGUUGCUGCUCAAUCAUGAAUCAAAUCAGAGCAAAUGGAAAUCAACAAAUACUGAUCUAUUGAGCANNGUCACCGGAGGAGCCGGAACACUCGCCCUAGCAGCCGCACGAGCACUCCUCGAACACGGGCUUUCCAACCUCUUCCUCUUCGACCUACGCUCUACUUUUGACUCCUCGGAGGAUGCAAUCGAAGCUCUACACCACGAUUUCCCUUCUGCAAAGAUCAUCACCGAAGCCGUUGACGUUACAGACGCGGACAAUGUGACGCGUGCUUUUUCUGCUGCUGCCACCAGAGGAUCCAUUGAUAUGUUACUUUGCUUUGCAGGUGUUGUGGGUUGUUUACACGCCAUGGACAUGACUGCUGCACAAUGGAGGAGAACACUCGAUAUCAACACCACCGGUUCGUUUUUGUGUGCUCAAGCUGCUGCCAAGCACAUGAAGGAUCAAGGCACCGGUGGCAGUAUCGUGUUUACGGCAUCAAUCUCUGGGCACCGUGUCAAUUUUCCUCAACCUCAGGUUGCGUAUAAUGUCUCCAAAGCUGCUGUCAUUGCCAUGAAAAACAGUCUUGCGGCCGAGUGGGCGAGGUUUGGUAUCAGGGUCAAUUCUAUUUCGCCGGGGUAUAUGGAUACAGUGUUGAAUGAGGGGCAAGGCUUGGAGGAAGCGAGAAAUAUCUGGGCGAGCAGGAAUCCGAUAGGGAGAAUGGGGGCUGUAGGUGAGUUGGAUGGGGUGGUGGUGUUGUUGUGUUCAGGGGCGGGGAGUUAUAUCAACGGAGCUGAUUUUGUGGUUGACGGUGGUGCUACUGUUUUCUAG